AGAAGCUGUUCUAGAAACUUCGAGAGCCGUGCUUCUUCACACGUCCCACGGCCUGAUGCUGAGGACGCCGCCCGGCAAGCGGGCCUCUGAGUUUUGGCCACUGGCGUUGGGCACUGCGACGGCCUCGCCCCUCCCCACGUGCUGGCUCUGGGGAAGUUUGUGUUCCGCUACAUCAUUUGCCCAUGAGGAACAGCAAAGCCGCAAUCAGUUUAAAGCCGUCUCAGAGGGUCACAAGAACACCCAGCCUGUAAUCGCUAAUCUGAUUUUCGUCAAUUGCGGGAUCACACCGCCCACCCGCCGGCGCCAAAUACGUGCGGCGCAAGCAUAGGGAACCUGGAAGGUGGCGGAGGGGCCAAGCGCGUUCUGGCCGCCUUGCACUGUGGGAGUUGUAGUCCUGAUGCCUCUCCCCCGGCGGUAGCUCUGUGAAGAGUGAAGGCCUGGAACUACUAUUCCCAGGACUCCUCGCGGCUUCCCAGGUUACUUUGCAGAGGCAUGGCGGGUAGUGUGUGAAUGUCCGUACGGAAGGUAAUUAAAACACUUUAAUUCGAGUAAAAAGAGCGCGGAAGGGAAGAGGAGGUGGACGAGCCUCUUUCGUGAACUAACGUUUUUGCCGAACACGCCGUGCAGAACCGCCGGCGUGAAUGUGUGGCUCUGUGUGUAUUGGGUAGUGAAGCUUUGCUGGACGUACUUGGCAUCUUCCCAAAGCGGAGCCCUUUCCUGUGAUCAUGAUUUGUACUUGGUUACGAGCUGCACAGUGUGCGGAGAGGAUGCGCAGGUCGUCGGGGAAGCGGCUGUUCCCGCCACCCUUAGUGCUUAACAGAGCUUGCUUGAAGACUGCGCCCAGCUUGAGCUGGGGUCUGCAAGAGCGAAAGAGAACGGGGCAACCGAAGUGUCUCCUUGGAGUCGCCCAGAAGACCCUCUGGACGCAGGGGCAGAGUGCCCAGAGGGUAGGGGACGACGGCAGCAAACAGGUGUCUGUGCACAGUGAGAGAGGGGAAACCGUCGUCUCCACGUCACAGAAAGUGAAAGAAGCCGGAAGAGACUUCACCUACUUGAUGGUGGUGCUCUUUGGAAUCAGUAUCACAGGUGGCUUGUUUUACGCAGUUUUCAAAGAACUUUUUUCUCCAUGGAGUCCUAAUAAGGUCUACGGGAAAGCCUUAGAAAAGUGCAGAUCACACCCUGAGGUCAUCAGCGUCUUGGGCGAGCCGGUGAAGGGCUACGGGGAGGUGACGCGCCGCGGGCGGAGGCAGCACGUCAGUUUCAUUGAGUACGUGAAGGACGGGCUGAAGCACAUGCGCGUGAAGUUCUACAUCCAGGGCCCGGAGCCUGGGAAGCAGGGAACCGUGCACCUGGAAGUGAAGGAGAACCCAGAAAGUGGCGAGUAUGAAUUUCGGUACAUAUUUGUCGAACUCGAGCCCUUCCCCAGAACUAUCAUCAUCGAAGAUAAUCGAUCCUGAGGCGGUUGCAGGACCCCGGCAAGCACGGCUUCUGGGCAGAGGGGGCGGGGGGCGGACCCCCAGCUCUGCUCUCCCCGGCUCCCCCCGCGUCUGCGGGAUAAGACACGACAGUGUGUAGCACAGAGGAGCGCCCGGAAGUGGGUCACGUCGCGUUUAGACACGCUGCCUGGAGGUUCUCGCAGAGGGCAAAAUCCCGAAAUAGAACAUAGUCUGUGCUGUCUCUGACUCGGUCAUGGACAGUAUUUCUGCUCUAGUUAAUAUCCUCUUUCAAGAUAAGAAAACUUUGUUAUUAAAGUUUACACCCUGUAAAUAAAAGAGUUG